AUGUGGUAUGAUAACAGAUAUUUUAGUAAAUUUUUGGAAGACAAUUAUUACCAUAGUAAUAAAUUAGAUGCAAGAACUUAUAGAUUACUAGGAGAAUAUGAAAAGCUCAAAGAUUCAAAAAUUGUAUAUUUAAAAAAGGAUGUACCACAUAAUGUAAAAUACGAAAAAAAAAAUAUAUGUAAUAAUGAAAAAUGGACGGAAAAAAAAGAAUCUAAUAGAAAUUUAUUGAAUAUGGCUCAUUAUUAUACUCAAGUUACAGAUUACAAUAAUGGAAUAUUUGAUGGGAAGCAUUUCCAUUUUGAAAGAAAAUGGAUUAAAAAUAAAGAUUAUGAACAUUUUCUUGAAAAAAAAAGAAGAAUUUGUGAUAUAUCCUUAAGAAAAAUAAAACUUAGAAAAUACAAAUUUGGAGUUGCUCUAUUUUUACUUUUUUCUUUUUGGGAAUAG